AUGGGACGUGGAUUGUGUGUUCCUCUUUUCGGCUUCACUUUACUCCAGCUAGCAGACGCAGCAGCUCGGUUCACCAGUCAUCCUGUAGAAAAACUGUACGUAGUGAAAGGUCAAACUGCCAACUUUACAUGGGACUACCAUGUUGAUAAUAUCAACUCAGAGUUUGAUGCUCAAUCACCAAGAUGGUAUUACCAUAAUGGCAGUUAUUUGAUUGGGUAUGGUGACGGAUUUGAUGGAUGGAAAUUUAAGAUCAACACAAAAACUUGUCCAGUUCGAUUAAGAGUACCCACAGUGCGAGUGAGUGUGGAGGGUAGAGCUACUUUAGUCAUCACUAAUGUAUCCUUGGCUGAUUCUGGUACAUAUGGAUGCAGACUGCAUUUAACCAGUGGUUCUUCUAGUUCGAUGCCAACAAGCGAAGCUCGACUAAUUGUUACAGAUUCUCCAGGGCCUCCAAGCUUUAAUGUUACAGAUAUCGAAGCUUCUUCUGCUGUUAUACGGUGGGCAGAACCAGUUAACGAUGGCGGUAGUAAAGUGACUGGAUAUAAAGUGGAAAUUGACUCUAAGACUUAUUAUACACAUUCCUGGAAACCUAACUAUUUUGCCAUUCCUGGUCUCACCAAAAACAAGGUGUAUGUUGUCAAAUUGUACGCCAGAAAUGUUGCAGGUUAUGGCAAUGCCUCGAGUAAGACUUUUACCACUAAAAAGGAAGGGCCACCAGAUUCACCUGUUUUUAAAAAAAUUAAAGAAAGUCCGACAACAGCUACACUGAGUUGGUCAAAACCAGAAGAGAAUGGAGGUGAAAUACAAUAUUACACAAUCUACAAGAAACUUGCUGGUGAAGCUGAAUGGUCGCAGGUUGGUACAAUUUCAGGUGAACCACUCAUAUACCGGGUUAAAUACCUUCUUCCAGGCAAGACGUACAGUUUUCAUGUCACUGCGAAAAAUAAAGAUGGGAGCAGUUUGGUGGGUGUUAAUGUGAUGACAGUGACAUUACCUGAUGAAACCACUAAAAUCAAAUAAAACAAAUAAAAUCUCGAUUUCUUGUUCAUAAAUGUCCAUAUUAGGGCCAUUCAUUAUUCAGCUGAAAGCUGCCGGGCAAUGACAGUGAAAAUGACAAAUAGAUUGAGCUGCACAUACACAAAGAUGCUAAGGGUGGAAAGACCACGUAAGCAACGAAAUUCUCUAUGGAAAUCUGCCGAAAAUCACUGAAAUAUUGAAAAUCAGAAGGUUACGCUUUAUCGGAAACAGUUGGAGGAGAAAUGACGAGUUAAUCAGCGAAUUGCUUUUAUGGCAGCCGAAACAUGGAGAAAGAAAACGAGGGAGACCUUUGUUGACAUACAUCGAACAGUUGACAAGAGACACUGGAUUGGAUGUUGAAGAGCUGAAGUUAUGUAUGGCGGAUAGAGUUAGAUGGAGCAACCUAGUCAAUGCAGCUCGAAUUCGCUAUUAAUUAUACCAAAGGCUGUGCUGUCAAAAUGUGUAGAAAGCAAUAAAAAAUUAAUGACG